AUGGUGUUGGAAGUGGCCGAUCUACUUUUUGACUAUAUGGGAAAUAGCGAAUGGAAGGUGGAGAAUAUGACAAAGGAAAUCAUCUUUAUCAAUGACAGUUUCUACAAAUUUGAUCAGGCAAAUUUCCACUUCCAUUUGCGUCGGCAGCCCCAUUUCUAUAUUUACGUAAUUGUUGUCCCCUCUUCGAUUCUUUCGAUUCUCUCGAUUAUUGGAAUGUUUGUCGGCCCAAAUGAUAGGCAGGAUCAAUUAACGAAGCUAACAAUCGGUCUAACAAGUCUAAUGUCAAUUACCGUACUCCUGGAUAUUGUUACUUCGAGUAUUCCGAAGAGUCAGACAUUCCCAUUGCUUGGUACGGCAUAU